GGUAACUAAAAUUUUCAGCGACCCGGAAGCGGAAGUGGGCUUUCAUCAAUCUUGGUCAUGUUAUUUAUAAAGUUCAGCUGGAGAGCUCUGCGAUCAAUGAAAUCCCCGAAUCAUCGCGCAGAGUGUUCGAGAAAAGGACCGAUUUAGCAUUUUUUAAAGAGCAGAAUCAGGAAUAAAUUAAAGAACCAAGAAUUGGUGAGCCGGUGAGCCAUUUACACAGUAAAAGUCUAGCUGUAGGCCUACUCAGGUUCGUUAAUAUAUUGUAUUCGGUGAUUUACCGUAUUUUUGCCGGUUGACAUGAUAAUUUGAUAGUUUUGAUACAGACUGGCAUCGCACAACCAGUCAGCCACAGUACCGUACCUUGCAAGUUGCAGUGCAUGCAGUGCAGGUUUUCUUGUUAGUGCUGUUUGGAGCGCAGUAAUACCAUGUUCAGCUUUGAAGGGGAAUUUCGCAGGAAGCCAGUAGUUUCCAUGCGAGGUGCCAGCAAAAAGGAAAUGACAGCAUCACUGCUCCAGAGAAACCAAGAGGAAAGACAGAAGAGAGAGGCUGAGCGGAAUCGUCUGAGAAGUGCCGUUAAAAUGCAGUCCUUUGUGCGGGGCGCCAUCUGCAGGCGGAAGCUGAUGCGUUUCUACAGAGGGAAGUGGGAGGAGCUGAUGAAAAGCGUUCAUCAGCAGCAAGUUGACUCUCAGACCCUUGAUGCGCUUCUUAGGCUUCUCCUUCGAUUUUAUAGUGAGAAACAGGAUGUCCAGAGAUUGACGUGGUUGUGUCAAACAAUGUUAAAGCAGAGAGAGAAGAGUAUUGGCCUGUUGAAGCAACAGCAUCAGACCUGGCUCUAUCAGACGAUGCACAUUCUCAGGCUCUGCUGCAGUCUCCUGGAAGCACCCUCUUCUACCCCAGUUGCAAUGCCCCUCCGUAUGCUGGAGGUCUACACAGAUGUUACUACCUACACUCAAAAUGGAAUCACCCUGGAUGAUGCAAUAAAAACCAUAGCUGCCCUUCAAAUGUACCUAGUGCAAAAUGGUUAUUACAAGAAUCUCAGGGGUUUUAUCAAUGAGAGACUCCCCCCUGGAAUUGAUGUGUCACAUCCUCCACCUUUAGCUCAAACCAGCCUUGACCUCACCUUGAGACCUCUCAAAGUCACAGGUCAACACCCAGCCUUCAAAGUUCAAAGAAAUAUAGCCUUGUGUUCUCUGUGCCAAGAACUGCUGUGCCGGCAGUCUACGGAUCAAAUCAGUGAGUUCCUUAUACCUGCACUGGCCCAGAGGGAGGGUGGUAUACCGCCGGAACAGCUCCUUGCAGCCCUCCUACCAUCAUUGACUGAUGGCACAGAUGAACAGAAUAUGCAGUUAGGGGUGGAGCCAUCGCCAUGGUUACUGUAUGCUGUUAUGACCAUAGUGGGGCCUUAUGUUGAUCAAUUUCCUUCAGACCUUGUGAUCCGAUACCUACUUCUUCUUAAGAUCCUCUUACCCACGUUGCCUAGCGCUGAGAGACUCUAUCAUAUGCUUGCCGCUGAUGAAGAUUCCGACAUGGAGGAAGAUGUAGAGAGAGAUAUCGGAGAGUUUGGUAGCGCUUCCACUAUCUCAGAGAUACGUGAGCAGUGCGUAAGACAGGUCAACUCUCCUGCUCACGUCCAAUGUCUCAUCGCUACAACAACGCAUGGCAAUGUGGCAGCCUUGACGGCGCUGUGUACCUUAUGUCAUUCACUGAUGGUGGAUCACAAGCUUCAUGUACCCAGGACUAGAUUACUGUACUCUCUUGCAAUUAACAAGUCAUUCUUGAGGCAUCUCUGGAUUACAUUGAAGAGUGUUUCAUCAGUAUCAGUAACAGGGGCCCGCAUCCCCUUGCUGCAGACGAUAGCAAGAGGAAUAGAUCUUCCAUCAACCGACAUCAAUCGUAUCAUCCCUCUUCUCUCUGUCUUCUGCUCUCUCUUUGGUCAUCUUCUCAUGUCUCUCCAUGACUCAGAGUUCUAUGGUGAUGAUGCAGAUUCAAACCGGAACAGCCUAAUGCCAUUCACCCGUGAGGAGCUGGUGCACAUGAGCUGGGCUUUACGCAACACCUGCUUGGGAAUGGUGGAGCUAGCUUACCCUGAGACUACCCCAUCGGUCACAUCGGACUACUCCCUAGCUAUGGCCAGCGUAGGGGUCAGACAGAGGGUUGACCCUAAGAAAGCAGAGAAGGUCAUGGCAACAUGGCUUCAUGUCUUCAAGGUUACAACUCAACUGAUCAAGCAGCUCCAUUCUCGUGAUAUCAGGCGGCCAUUCUGUCCACACAACCAUUGGCUGGCUCCAAAUGUCCACGUCUUUGCUGAAAGGUCGCGAGGUGUGAGAGGUCAUGGAGGUAGAAUGUACCGGCCGAGGAGACUGCAGUUCUUGGCUCAACCAAACCUAGAGGAUGAGGAAGGUCCGCCUCCAUCCACCCACAUGGCUAGACGUCUGGUCAUCCUGGCUGAGAUGCCCUUUGUGAUCCCCUUUGAAGAGAGAGUCCAGGUAUUUCGAGACUGGGUAUUGGCUGAUAAGCACGACUCACAGGGGGAGUUUGCUGGCUUCUUACCGGGUAAAUCCAUUGACAUCAUCAUCAGGAGAAACUACAUCUAUGAAGAUGCUUAUGACAGACUGAGACCAGAGAAUGAACCUGAUUUGCGUAAAAAGCUUCGGGUGACCCUGAAGAACGCCCAGGGCCUAGACGAGGCUGGGAUUGAUGGUGGAGGCGUUACCCGAGAGUUCCUUUCUCAGCUCCUGAUGUCAGCCUUUGAUCCCAACAGAGGCUUCUUCAGGACGACAACCGAUGAACUGCUCUACCCUAACCCACAGUCGGCCAUGCUGAUGGAAGACUUCACCAAGCAUUAUUACUUUAUUGGCAGGAUACUAGGAAAGAUUUUGUAUGAGAACCUGUUGGUAGAGAUCCCCUUUGCAAGUUUCUUUCUCUCCAAGAUACUGAGCAGACAUACCAAUGUAGACAUCCAUCAUUUAGCUUCCCUAGAUCCUCUUAUGUACAAGAAUCUACUAUUUCUGAAGGACUACCGGGGAGAUAUCUGUGACCUUGGAUUGACAUUCACAGUCAUGGACAAUGACUUUGGAGAAGCACAGGUUCAUGAUCUGAAGCCUGGUGGUUCUGACAUUCCAGUCACAGCAUCUAACAGGAUAGAAUACAUCCAUCUCAUGGCUGACUUCAGGCUCAACAAACAGAUCCGGCCUCAUAUCCUGGCCUUCCGACAGGGCCUCUCCGACGUCAUUGAUCUCGAGUGGCUCCGCAUGUUCAAUCACCAGGAGCUCCAGGUGCUCAUCUCCGGUGCCUCCAUGCCAAUCGAUGUCGAGGACCUCCGCCAGCACACCAACUACUCUGGGGGUUACAAGGAUGACAGUCCCGUCAUCGGCAACUUCUGGCGAGUGGUGGAGAGGCUGACGAAUGCUCAACGGAGGCAUCUGCUCAAGUUUGUGACCAGCUGCUCCAGACCUCCUCUUCUAGGCUUCAAGGAACUCUACCCAGCGUUCUGCAUUCACCAUGGUGGUAGUGAGCUUGACAGGCUACCCACAGCCAGCACCUGUAUGAACCUCCUCAAGUUACCAGAGUUCAGCGAUGAGGAAACCCUGAGAGAAAAACUACUCUAUGCCAUUGAAUCAGGAGCUGGCUUUGAGCUGAGCUGAGUGCAAAAAGGAUGUAUAUUUGUGACAAAUACCAGACAUGUGUAUUUAUACCUCUAUAAGCGACUGGAGUUCGUUGAUGAGCAGAUCCUGAGAGAGAAAUUGUGCUAUGCCAUUGAAUCAGGAGCUGACCUCAAGCUGAGGUGAGAGCGUAACAGACCUUACGUUCAUGGCAAAUAGCAGACAGAUGUGUUUGAACCUCCUCAAACUACCAGAGUUCAGCGAUGAGGAGACUCUGAGAGACAAACUGCUCUAUGCCAUUGAAUCGGGAGCUGGAUUUGAGCUGAGUUGAGUGCAAAGAGGACUGUUAUUCAGGGAAAUAGCAGACAGAUAAGUACAGAAGAGCAUACAGGGGUAUGAGAGCUGCUUUAUUCAACCAAAGCAAGGUCGCGCUUGGCCAAAUAUCUAUAUGAUGGAGAAGAUACAUAGAGAAGAAUGAUGCUGUAUGCCCUCAGAAGAAAAAAAAGAGUGGCAUUUAGGGGAGAUGAGUAGACUCUGAAUGAACGUUCAUGGAAAAUAGUUUCUACAGAGAGAUACUAGAUAUUUUCAAGUUGCUCAUGCGUGGGUAUAUAGAGGGCAGCAAACUGAGCCAAUGGGUAUUACGCUCCUUGCGUACUAGUGUCCCUUUGUGCGUACGUCCGCACGGGUGCGUAAUACCUGUUUGCUCAGUGUUCGCCAAGUUGCCUAAUUCACAAACGACUAUAUACCAAGGCAUGAACAUCUUUCAAAGGAGCAUGCAGGAUGAGGAAGUCUUCUCUGUGUGAUCAAAGUGAGGUAUGAGGAUAGCAAGGAAAACUGUAAAUACUUCUAUGGCAUUUAUACCAAAUAUGUAUAUACAAUGUAUAAAAGAGAAAGUGCAACAGAAAAUGUGCUCAAUGCUAUGAAAUCUAGGCGUGGCAAGAGCUAGGGGCUGAAAGGGUGUCGACUCAUUUUUGUUCAGCAUUAACUAAACACCCUUCUGGCUCUCAGCUAUCAUGUUUAUGCCUUUUUGUUUAUAAUUAUUGUAUGUAACACCAAUGGGAAACAAAUUUCUGUAUUAUGAUAUACGGACAAUAGGAACUUGAAUAUUGAAUAUUGAAUCUUUACAGGAUCUCAUAGCACAAGAGAUAUUUAUAGUACCUAUGAUGAAGUAGAGAGAAAAUAUCCAAUAUGUCUCCCGAUUCGAAUGAAAUAUGAUACUGAAUUAAAAGAAGGAGGUAAUGUGUAAAGUAUUGUGCUAAAAUAAAUUUUAAUUUCCUGCUUCCUGAAGAAAAUUUAGCAUUUUCAUUUCUUUUAAAUUUAUAUUUAAUGAUAUGUAUAUCUCUCAUGUGACUCUACAGUAUGUAGUUCUCUUGCACAUUUUUUUCAUUGUGUUUGAUAGUAGUAAUAUAUCAAUAAAAAUUUAUGAAUUUGUAUUCGGAUGUUUAGUUACCUUCUAAAAGAAGAAAUGUCAUAAAAAUGUAAGGAAGUUUACUUCACAAGAGCCUUUAGAGUUGAUUGGUAUCAGAUUUCUGAAAGUCCCCCAAAUGUAGACUUUGAGUAUAAACUUUAUUUUGAGCAUGACAUGUUUUGCCCAAUAUGCUCUUAGCCCAAGGGUGCCCAUUAUCAUUCAAUUUUUUUUUUCUUCUUUGUGGUUUCAAUUAAUAUGUACCGGGGUAAUUUUGUUCUCUUGCGAAGAAUUCCUGAAAUUCCCCAAAUCUUAGCUAUGCCCUAUAUUUUGAGCAUGAUGUGCUUUGGCAAAUAUGCUCUUAGCCCAAGGGUGUCCCUUAUUCAAAUUUUGGUUUUUGCUGUUGUUGUUUUCAUUGUAAUGUGUUCCUCUUAUUUACCCUCUUGUGAAGAAUUCUUAAAGUUCCCCAAAUCGAGGUUAUGACCUACCAUAUAUUCUGAUCAUGUUGUGCUUUGGCCAACACUCAAUUCCCUUAUUCAAAUUUUGGUUUUUGCUGUUGUUGUUUUCAUUGUAAUGUGUUCCUCUUAUUUUCCCUCUUGUGAAGAAUUUUUAAAGUUCCCCAAAUCGAGGUUAUGACCUACCAUAUAUUCUGAUCAUGUUGUGCUUUGGCUAACACUCAAUUCCCUUAUUCAAAUUUUGGUUUUUGCUUUUGUUUUUUUAGGCCUGAUGAAAACCCGAUUUAAAUCGGUUUCCCGAUUUUUUUUUUUCUUCCCUCUUUUAUCCUGAUUUUACCGAUUUCCCAGUUAUUUUCUCUAAUCUUCCCUAUUUUGCCCUAUUUUUCCCCCAAUUUUCUUACUCGGAAGGGGGGAAUGUUGUUAGAUGCCAUUUUUUCCCUGCGAAUCCUCUUCUCUUUUUUUACUCAAGGGGGGCGUGGUUGAGGGGAAAACCAAAAACCUUUUUUUUUUUUAGUGCUCACUAUCGCCCCUGUCUUUUCAUUGUAAUGUGUUCCUCUUAUUUUCCCUCUUGUGAAGAAUUCUUAAAGUUCCCCAAAUCAAGGUUAUGACCUACCGUAUAUUCUAUGCAUGGUGUGCUUUGGCCAACACUCGAUUCAAUCCAGGCAAGGCGCAUUUAGCCCAAGGAUGCCCAUUAUCGAUCAAAAGACUGAAUUACUUGCAUUAUAUCACUCAAUGUUUUUGUUUUCUUCCUCAUUUUUCCUCUUUUCUGCCAAUGUCUGAAUACAAGCUAGCAGUACCUGGCCUCUACUGGCAAGGUUUAUUGUCAAUAACCAACCAUCUGUAGCCAAAAUUUCAUUCAUGGAGCAAUACUCUGAGCCUGAAUAUUCACAUGACCAAACUGAAAAGAUACCCUCCAAAUUAUGAUGAACUACAUAAAGUUAUUUAGUGUAAUCAGUGUCUAGUACUGCCUACUACAUGUAUGCACACUUCUGAUAUGUUGCAUUUUAAACAAGCCUUGUGAAAGCCAAUGGCAGUGUCUUCAUUUGAUUAAACACAUGGCCAUGUAGUAGUAAAAAUAAAUGGUAUAUUGAUUGUUAAAUUUGAUGCCAAUACCUCAAUGAAAAUUGUAAUUAGUUGAAAUUAUUAAUUGGACAAAUAGAUCUUGUCAACUAUUACAAUAUUUGUAUUGCAAGUAUCAAGUUUAAAACAGAAGAUGAUCCAAAUUAUUGAAUUUUUUCAUGACAUAUUUAUUUAUCACAGUAUGUUAAUUCUUGUUUAGUAAUUCUCAUUCUCCUUGUACUUAUGAGUAAAUAAUUUCUGUAUGGAGCCUUUGUUAUAAAUACAUCUUUUAUAUCUGGGAUAAUUUUUCAAAAGGGGACUUCUAAAACUUUAUACAAACUAAACCCAAUCAUUCUUUUUAGUGAAUUAUGAUACAAGUUAAUGUAAAGUACAUGAAACGUGUGAUGUAUUAAUAUUUAGGAUUGGGAAUUUUAAUAGCGCUCCUAUCCACUGAGCAACGUGCUAAAGGCACUCCAUCAAUACGUAGUUGUUAUUUAGUAUGUUUUAGUGUGUAUCACUAAUGUGAAGAUAACCUUAAUUUGUGGUUAAUAAUUUUUUGGAAGUUAAUCAGUUUUUUUCCUUCUAUUUCUUUUCAGUACUUAUGUGUGUAUUUCCUACACUGUAAUUCUAUUUACUGGUACAUAUUAUUUUCUUCUUAUUUAUGAAACAUGGAUGCACAAUGGAAUGAUGUUUGUUAUAUUUGUAUUGUAUACUGUAUUAAAUACAAACAUGGUUAUUUAAUCGGCA